AUGGCGCUCGACGAGUACUACCACAACAAGAUCGAGGCCAUGAAGCUCGAGAUCCUCAAGGGCCAGGCCGCCCUGCGUCGGCUCGAGGCCCAGCGGAACGACUACAACUCGCGCGUCCGCCUCCUGAGGGAGGAGCUCGGUCUCCUCCAGCAGCCUGGCUCUUAUGUGGGCGAGGUGGUCAAGGUGAUGAGUACCAAGAAGAUCCUCGUCAAGGUGCACCCCGAAGGCAAAUACGUCGUCGACGUGUCGGACAAUGUCGACGUUGGCAAGCUGACGCCCGGAAAGCGUGUGACGCUCCUGUCGGACAGCUACAAGCUCGAGAAGCUCCUCCCUUCAUCGGUCGACCCUCUAGUAUCGCUCAUGAUGGUGGAGAAGGUGCCGGACAGCACAUACGACAUGAUCGGAGGACUGGAUCAGCAGAUCAAGGAGAUCAAGGAGGUGAUCGAGCUCGGUCUGAAGCACCCCGAGCUCUUCGAGUCGCUGGGCAUCGCGCAGCCCAAGGGCGUGCUCCUGUACGGCCCGCCCGGAACGGGCAAGACGCUCCUGGCCAGGGCGGUGGCGCACCACACGGCGUGCAAGUUCAUCAGGGUGUCUGGGUCGGAGCUGGUGCAGAAGUACAUUGGCGAAGGUAGCCGCAUGGUGCGUGAGCUCUUCAUCAUGGCGCGCGAGCACGCCCCGUCCAUCAUCUUCAUGGACGAGAUCGACAGCAUCGGCUCCUCCCGCGUGGAGGGCUCCUCGGGCGGCGACUCCGAGGUGCAGCGCACCAUGCUGGAGCUGCUCAACCAGCUCGACGGCUUCGAGCCCACCAAGAACAUCAAGAUCAUCAUGGCCACCAACCGCCUCGACAUCCUCGACCCGGCCCUGCUCCGUCCGGGCCGGAUCGACCGCAAAAUCGAGUUCCCCCCGCCCAGCAUCGAGGCCCGCGCCGACAUCCUGCGCAUCCACAGCCGCAAGAUGAACCUGACGAGGGGCAUCAACCUCACCAAGAUUGCCGAGAAGAUGAACGGCUGCUCCGGCGCCGAGCUCAAGGGCGUGUGCACAGAGGCCGGGAUGUACGCCCUCAGGGAGAGGAGGGUCCACGUCACCCAGGAGGACUUUGAGCUGGCCACGGCCAAGAUCCUCAACAAGCACGACGACAAGGAGGUGUCGCUCGGCAAGUUGUGGAAGUAG